UCAUUUUUUCAAAAAAUGGACCUCCCUCAUGAUCUUAUAGUAUAUGAUAUUGUUACAAGGUUGCCUAUCAAAUCUAUACUCCAAUAUAAGUCAAUUUCUAAACAAUGGUAUACUUCUAUUUCCUCUUCAAUUUUUGGUAAUGCUUAUUUCAAGUUAUCUUCAUUUAAACAUUCCUUUUCCCCUGUAAAUUGUGUUCUUAUUUGUUCUGGAAAUAAUUAUUUUUUAUAUUCUUUUGAUGAUGAUAAGGAAAAAUUGGGUACUAAUUGUGAAAAGGGUUUGUUUAAGUUAAGCAUUGAUUUUGAUGGUUUGUCGUCGAAAGAUGAUAUUAUUCUUGUAGGAUCAUGUAAUGGGUUAGCGUGCUUGUGUUCUAUGUUGGGUUAUUUGAUUAUUUGGAAUCCUGUUAUACACCAAUGGACUAAGUUUUUGUACCCUUUAUUGGAAGGUUUUCGAAAUUUCACUUGGGGGUUCGGGUAUGUACAUUCGAGUGAUGAUUAUAAGGUUGUUAGAAUAAGUGAGGCCGAAGAAAGCAGAGUUAUUGUGGCUCAUGUUUUCUCAUUGAGAAGUAAAAAAUGGGAGCAAAUUCAUGAUGAGAGGCUUCAUGGGUAUUCCCUACAUGGGAGGCCUAGUUUGGCUGGAGUUUUGGUCAAUGAGACUCUAUAUUGGAUCAUGUAUGAGCGAGGGCGUGGUGAGAAACAAUGCAUUUUGGGUUUUGAUCUAGUCCAUGAAAGGUUUGAUGAAAUACGCGGUCUGAUCCCUGGUGACUCGUACUUAAGUGGAUUUCGCUUCCUAGGUUGUAUGGGAGGGUCCUUGGCCAUGAGCCGGUUCACCAGUUCAGGUGAUGUGAGCAUAUCGAUUUUAAAGCAAAAGGGACAGAUUGAAUACAUUGGAUUAUAUAGGGACAUGAAUCUAAGUUCUUGUUGUGAUGUGGUUGGAUUCACUAGGGCUGGUAAGUUUUUCAUUCAGUUAGGUGAUCAGAAACUAGGAUUGGUUGAUCCAAACUCUUCGCCUAAGAAGUAUACUCAGCUUGUCACAUUUGGAGAGCAAGGCAGCACUCGCGUCUUGAGUUAUACUCCGAGCCUGAUCUCCCCUUUGGCUUUUGCUGAAAUGCCUAAAGAGUAAAGAUCGAUUAAGACAGAUAGGAAAGCGGCGUAGCUAUAUCGAAAGCAAUUGGAGAUUUGGAGUUGAAGCUGAGAUUGUUGAAUUGACAUUGAAGAUAAUGACUUCAGAGAAUAAAGAGCUAGCACAACUUUUAUUUCCGUGCUUAAUGUUAAGUGGAUGGUUUGUUAACUGUUCUAUUUGUAAACCAGAACUUGGUUAACUAAGCUGUACGAGUAUUUUUUAUAUGGGCAUAUAGUCAUUUGUUUCUGUUUUUUGUGGUGCACUAUUAUACAAAGCUGGAGGUUUUUACAGA